AUGGCCGACAUGAACCAGGAGACGAUCCAGCAGAAGAUCCAGCUCGCCCGACGCGACGCUGAGGCGCUCAAGGACCGGAUAAAGCGCAAGAAGGACGAGCUUGCUGACACGACGCUUCGCGAUGUCGCCCGAGACCGCGUCGAGGCACUGCCGCGCCUCACGAUGAAGACGAAGCGCACGCUCAAGGGCCAUCUCGCCAAGAUCUACGCCAUGCACUGGUCGACGGACCGCCGCCAUCUCGUCUCGGCCUCGCAGGACGGCAAGCUCAUCAUCUGGGACGCCUACACGACCAACAAGGUGCACGCCAUUCCGCUGCGCUCGUCGUGGGUCAUGACGUGCGCCUACUCGCCCUCGGGCAACUACGUGGCCUGCGGUGGCCUCGACAACAUCUGCUCCAUCUACAACCUGUCGGCGCGGGAAGGCCCGACACGUGUGGCACGCGAGCUGUCGGGACACUCGGGCUACCUCAGCUGCUGCCGGUUCAUCAGUGACAAGCGCAUCCUGACGUCGUCGGGUGACAUGACGUGCGUGCUGUGGGAUCUCGAGACGGGGUCCAAGGUACACGAGUUUGCCGACCACCUUGGCGAUGUCAUGAGCCUGAGCAUCAACCCCCUCGACCACAACCAGUUUGUGUCUGGCGCCUGCGACGCCUUUGCCAAGCUGUGGGACAUUCGGCAGCAAAAGUGCGUGCAGACGUUUGCCGCCCACGACUCGGACAUUAACGCCAUUCAAUUUUUCCCCAACGGCAAUGCCUUUGGCACGGGCUCCGACGACGCCUCGUGCCGCCUGUUUGACAUUCGUGCCGACCGCGAGCUCGCCUCGUACCAGAUUCCCGAGCCCGUGUGCGGCAUUACCUCUGUAGCCUUUUCAGUUUCUGGUCGAUUGCUGUUUGCAGGCUACGACGACUUUGAGUGCAAGGUGUGGGAUGUACUGCGCGGCGAGCGUGUAGGCACACUGCAAGGACACGACAACCGAGUCAGCUGUCUGGGCGUCAGCAAUGACGCACUCAGUCUCUGCACUGGUUCAUGGGACUCGAUGCUGCGCAUCUGGGCCUAA